AUGACCGUUGAUACAUCAACUAAAGUAGCAGUAGAUCCAACAUUAAAGGGUGCUAAUGAAUACUCAAACCAUUUAGUCACGAAAUUUCGUGUUAAAAAACCCGCCAGUUUCCCAGGAUCGCUCGUUAAAGUUAAACCCGAAAUAGACGCAACUAAAUUAACCAGUUGUAUCAGAUGUCGAAAAUUAAAGAAGAAAUGUAACAAGGCCACUCCUGAAUGUCAAAAUUGCGAAAAAGCUGGUGAACCAUGUACUUAUGUUCCAAGGAAACCAAGAAGAGCCAAAUCUGAUGCCGUGCUGCCUACCUCAACUACCUCAGCUGACUUUUCCUAUAUGCAAAAGAACGAACCAGCAAGACUCUCCCUACUGAGCGUCGAACCAGUAACAACCGGUCCAAACGUUCCUUCUCUUGCUGGAACACCCACAAGCACAUUUUCCAUUCCUUCACCAGGAUCGGGCAAAUCUGUUACAUUCCCCCUGAUAAACCCUAUUGACGCGCGAGCUCCUGAUUUCCAUUCAUAUCAACAACAAGUUUCAAAAGUGCUUGUAAGUGCAGUUUCAAUCAAGACCAAUUCUAAUGUGAGUAUAAUUCCACCUAUUGUUGAUGUAGAAUUAUUAUCACGAAUUAUAAAUGCAUUCUUCAUGCAUAAUUACCGGGCCGUGCCUGUUAUCAAUAAACAUCAAUUUAUCACCAAGUUCAAUAAAUUAUUUGCUGAAGGAAAUGUCAUUGGUUUGGAUGGCUUUGACGAUCAAUUUGAGUUGUAUAUGGUGUUGGCAAUUGGAAGUACUGGGUUAGAAAGAUGUGGGAUAAUUUCUCGAGAUAAGAAAAUCAGUGAAUAUUUUGUAUCCAAGGCUUUGAAUCACGUUCAUAACAACUUGUCCACCAAUGAUUUAAAGAAUGUGAAGUAUUUGAUCUUGUUGGGAUUGUAUUCUUAUUUCGAUCCUAGUGAAUUCACAUCUUGGGAAAUAAUGGGAAAAUUAACUAGAUUGGCUAUUCAUCUCGGUUUAAACAAGGAGAUUACCGAACAGGAGAAGAAGAAUAUGACCUCGAGACAAAUUGAGCUAAGAUCAAGGUUAUUCUGGAGCGUAUAUGCCAUUGAUCGAUUGACUUCUGUAUCUUUAGGACGACCAGUUUCAAUCAACGAUGAAGAUAUCAACGUUCCACUUCCCCAAAUCCUUGAUGACGACCAUGAGGAUAUUGAAAUAAAUCGAGUGCUAAUUGCAUUGCGUCGAAUUGAAGGGCAAAUAUUACGUCGAGUGCAUUCAGUGAAUCUUCAAAGCACGCCCGAGGAAACACGGACAUCACAUUGCCAAGCAGUAUAUUCUGAAUUGAGACAAGAAAUCGAUGAAUGGUACAGACAAGCCAUGUGUUUGAAUAGCCCUACUACCUCCCGAGCAUCUUUCUCGUUCCACGGCCAGAGUCCUUGGUAUACUGCCAGAUAUCACCAUUUGUUGGUAUUACUUUACCGUCCGUCAUACUUGAACCCUAAUCCGCUACCAGAAAUCUUGGAGGCAUUGGGAAAAUCAUGUCUUGAAAAUUUGUCAUGUAGUUAUAAAUUAUUUAUUGCGAAAUUGUUACCUUUGAAUUGGACUACACUUUAUCGCUUUCUCAUGGUGUGCACUACGAUCUUGUAUUGUUUGUGCAAGUGGACUAUAGAUUUAGUGGAGUCGAAGACGGAAAUAUGCUACUGCAUUGAAAUACUACAGGCAUUUGGAAGUGAUUGGAUGAUUGCUAAGAAAUGUGCUGAAGUGUUUAAGCAAAUUGAAAACAAAUUAUUAGAGAUCAGCUUAACCAGUGAUGGUCACACCGAUAUGGAUAAAUUAUCGAGAGAGUUGCUUGGUGCCAGUAGCUCAUACCAUGAAAUACUAAACUCUGACACCAAUUCGUUUGAAUUCAUGUCGAGAUUUUAA